CCUCCCUCCCCUCAUUGUCUUCACCUCGCACCCCACCACGCGCCCGUCUGAAUUUUGCCGUCAUAGUUACAGUGAAUUCUUUUUUCCAAAACUCAAAUUAAAAUUAAGUCGCUAAAACUUAUAUUUGGCAAUUCAUAGUACCACGCCAUAUCUCAUCAUAACUGUUUGCUGGACCGCACCAGGCUCUAUAACAAAUAAACAUGUCUUUGGCUGGAAUUGCGAAGAAACUGAUUCCCCUCUUUGACCGAGUGUUGAUCCAAAGGGCAGAAGCAAUCACUAAGACAAAGGGAGGAAUCGUCUUGCCCGAUAAAGCUGUCGGCAAGGUUCUCCACGGGACUGUUAUCGCCGUAGGACCUGGAGCUAGGAAUCAAAAAGGAGAUAUCGUUCCUCCGACAAUUAAGGUGGGUGACCGCGUCCUGUUGCCGGAAUACGGAGGCACGAAGGUCGAACUUGAGGAGUCUCAAGAAUACCACUUAUUCAGGGAAUCCGACAUCCUGGCAAAACUAGAAUGAACAUUACUGUAAUUUGUAGAUGUUGUUGUUGACUAUUUGUAAGCUAGCCGAACUGAAUGAAUGCAUUUCUGUGAAUAGUGUGGCUGCCCUUUAUUGUUUCAGUUACAAUCCAUUUAGAUAGAUUUUUUUGUAUAUGAAAAUAAAAGUGUUAAAAGCAAAA